CUCCCCUAUUCCCCUUUCCCUCCUCCCUCGCAAACCCCACCCACCCACCCCACCUCCCGGCCCCGCCGCCGGAACCCUAGCUCCGGUGAGCCUCGCGCCCUCCCCCGCCGCCGAUCGGCUCUCCCGGGAGCCGGGCGCCCCUCCGCGCGCGAUCGCGAGAGAUCCGGGGUCGCCGGCCGGGGCGGCGGGACCCCAUGUCGGGGGGCAGCGGCAGGCCGCCGGCCGCGCAGAAGAUCCUGCAGUCGCUGCGCCCGCCGCUGGCCUUCGCAUCGCCGUUGCGGCCGACCUUCGCCGCACCCGACGACUACCACCGCUUCCCCGCGCCGGCCCCCGCCGCUACAUCAGGCGGCGUCGGCGCGGGGGGCGGCGAUAUCGAGGAGGGGCUGGUCAUCCGGACGCCGCUGAAGAGAAAAGCUGCAUCUGAAGAAAAUGAUGCUGCUGAGUCAAGUGAAUGUAUGAUUACCAGCCCUGGAUUCACUGGCAGUCCAAUGCUCACUCCAAUCUCUGGAAAAGCUGUCAAAACCUCUAAGUCAAAAGCUAAGAACAAUAAGGCUGGGCCUCAGACGCCUACGUCAAAUGUUGGUUCACCACUCAAUCCACCAACUCCUGCUGGUACUUGCCGCUAUGACAGUUCAUUAGGACUUCUGACAAAAAAGUUCAUCAACUUGCUCAAGCAGGCUCAAGAUGGUAUUCUAGAUUUGAAUAAUGCUGCAGAAGCACUAGAGGUUCAAAAGCGGCGCAUAUAUGACAUUACUAAUGUCCUUGAAGGAAUUGGACUAAUAGAAAAGACACUUAAAAACAGAAUCCGUUGGAAGGGCCUCGAUGAUUCAGGCGUGGAGUUAGAUAAUGGUAUUUCUGCUUUGCAGGCAGAAGUUGAAAAUCUUAGUUUGCAGGAGCAAGCUUUAGAUGAGCGCAUAAGUGAUAUGCGCGAAAAACUAAGGGGACUAACUGAAGAUGAAAAUAAUCAAAGGUGGCUCUAUGUGACUGAAGAUGAUAUCAAGGGAUUACCCUGCUUUCAGAAUGAAACACUAAUUGCAAUAAAAGCACCUCAUGGUACUACACUCGAAGUUCCGGAUCCAGAUGAGGCUGGCGAUUAUCUCCAGAGGAGAUAUAGAAUCGUGUUAAGAAGUACAAUGGGCCCAAUAGAUGUUUACUUAGUGAGUCAAUUUGAUGAGAAAAUUGAGGAAUUGGGUGGUGUUGCAACAUCCGGAAGGCAAGCAAAUGUGCCUAGAAACCAACCUGUUGAAGAUUUCAACACAACAAAUGCUGGACAAAGUUGCACAUCAAUGGAUGUGGUUCAAAAUGUUCAGCACAGCCAGAAGACUCCCCUAGAUCCUUGUGCUUUGCAUGAAUUUGGAGGGAUGACAAGGAUUAUUCCUUCAGAUGUUGAUACGGACGCGGAUUACUGGCUUCUAACAGAGGGGGAUGUUAGCAUUACUGAUAUGUGGAAAACAGAACAAGUGCAGUGGGAUCAGAUUGAUUUUUUAUCCGAAGAAGUUGGCACCCCGCGUGCCCAAAACAAGCAGCCGCUUGCAGUUGGUGCUCCACAGAUGCAGGUUCUAAACAUGGAGAAACCAUAAGAUCAUGGUUGCUUCUCAUGUGCAAAAGCAAAACCGUGGCUUGUGAAAUGCCUGGAGCGAUGUUCUGAAUGAGAAGUUUCUGGAGCGAAGAAAUGGAUUCGGUUUUGCUAAGGCAAAUGCUCUUUGCAACAUAAGAGCCAAGCGAUCGUCAUUAGGAUCCACAUCUUCUGUAGGGAAGUCAGGGCAGCAGUUCAGAACUUCAGAUUCUGUUGUGGAGACCGGUGGUGCCAACUGAGUAAGUUAACAGUUAGCCGCUCAGUUUAUUUAUGUGCCUUGCUUCAGUUGAGCAGACAUUGUGGCGCUGCUUCCUUUGCGAAUCCGCUGCCCUGCUCAUUCAGCCACUGCUCCAUUUGCUUACCGAACCAGUGUUGUCUUACAAGGCAGGCAUUAGUGGCCUUGUAGGGUUUCGUUGAGAAAUGCUAACAAACUGUGUAAACAUGGCUACAAAUGGUGUAACAAAAACAAUGGGUGAGAUAUCAAUGUAAGGCAGAAAUCUCUGUACAAGUGUUUCAUA